AUGAAUAUUAACAAGUUCGAUACAAGUUCAUCAGUAAAAACAACACAACUUGAUUCAAUUAAUGCUAUUAAAGAUACAUUUGAUACAAGUUUUCUAGCAAGAAAUAAUGAUAUUUUAAGUCAACCAGAGUUAAUUGUUCUUUCUGAUACGGACGAUGAGCUACCAAUAGAAUCAACAAAAAGCUUAUUUCUUAUAAAUUAUGAAAAUAAUUUACAAAUCAUUAAAAGUGAGAAUUCUAGUAAUUGGGAAGAUGAUGAUAUACUUUUGGAUAAUUUAAUAAAUGAUAAUAUACUUGUAGAAAAUUUAGAAGAUAAAGUUGAGACUUCUUUAACUGGUAUUGCUAGUAUUUAUAAUGUCUCUAGUUGGAAACCUGAAGAAGCUAAAAAAGUAUUUGGUCUAUCAAAUAUUCAAUAUGCUUAUGGGGAUCUUGAAAAUAUUCGAUCAAUUCAAAUAUAUCUAUUUUUGGGAGUACGUGUUCAAAAAACUUAUCGCUCAUGUCAUAGUGUUAAAAUAUGUGAGUUUAGUUCAGCAACUCUUAAUAUAGAACAUACUUCAGUUAAUUUUGAAGAUCAGCUAUAUAAAAAAAUCUUUGAUGCAAAUGAAUUUUCUGUUAAUACUUUUACUCUUAAUACAUAUGCUCAGGCUUAUAAUACACCAUGUUCUUAUAUUGAUUCAAUUACUAAUGUUCACUGCAAUGGAAAUUCUGUACUUAGAGAAUAUAAACAGAAUUGUGAAAAUAAACCUAUUAAUGAAUGCUAUACAGUUGUUUCAAAUUCUUCUACAACAAGUUAUUGCUCAUAUCUUCAUAAAACUGAUACUCAAGUAAUGAAAGGAAAGCUUAUUAAUAAAGGACAAUGUCCUGUAAAAUUUUAUCAUAUAUUACCAAAUAAUUUAAAUGAAUGUCCAUUUAUUGUAAUAAUUUCUAUUGGCAUUCAUAAUCAUCCACCACCACCACUAACUAAAACUCUAUAUAAUAUUGUUGAAAAUUUACAAAAAAUUAUUGAAAAUGAAUAUGAUUUAGAUCUUACUGCACGAAAGUUUCUUACAAGACCAAUAUUAAAAAUAUAUCUUCAAGAAAAAUUAUUAAGUAGUCUUCAUCCUUCAUUAAAUAAUCAGUUACGACUAAAUUAUUUAAUUGAAAAGAAUAAAAGAUCUAAAUAUCCAUUUGGUCAAGACAUAAUUGGAGUUGCUUAUGAAUUAUUAAAGCAAAAAGACUUAUCUAAUCUAUAUAUACGUUCAGUUA